CUUUGGGUCUUUGGCGUAGAGGGAGUCGAGGGCGGUCCAUAGGUUGGUGGCGCCUUCGCGGAAAUCGUCGGGUGAGGGCAUGGGUAGGGUUUGAGGUGAUUGUUGCGUUUUGCGGUUGUACGGUUGUGUAUGAGUGGUAGGAAGGUUGGACUUUGUCGGUUUUUCGCGUGGGCACUUGUAAACGCGUCAAAGCAACACGACCCGUCUUCUCAGCACCCUCUCUGACAGUUUUUUUCUUCAGGUUUUGGUUGCGGUAUCGGAAUCCUCACCGACCCACGUGGAGGAAUGCUCGUCUCCCCGCGUGGGCGACGACCAACGAAGGGGGGUAGAACCCAUCGUGUGGCACGUGUACACGGUGAGUUUGCGAACCGUUUGCGGCAUUGUAGGAGGAGUAAGGAGAGGAGUAUGAGGCUGGCUGAAAAGGCCCAAGUUCGCUGCGUUUCGGGUCGUCCGGCCCGCCGGCCCGGGGCGAAUCGGAUUCGACUUCGCGGAUCUGGUCCCGUGUCACCUCCGCUACGGAGGCGCCGAAGAACGGAUGCCGUGUCCUACGGAAGGCGAACGAUACUGGCGGGUCUCGUGGGGCUCGCUACGUCGCCGGCCUUGGGCAAGCCGGGUUCGUUCUCGGGGGUCUGGAUCAUCUCCUCGUCGGGACAAGCCUCCUUUCGGUACAGUAAGGGCGAAGUGAGGGACGCCGACUCCGCCGAAGUGAAGGUCUCUGGCCGAGGCUACUAUGACGACAACUACGGAGGCCACGGCGGGGGUUACGGCGGACUGUAUUAGGCCUCAUCCCUCUCAGGCCCUUUGGCUAAGAUGUAGCUUACAUUGACGUAAUUCACCUCUCCCCAAGGGUUUGCCGUGACAAGAAA